UAUUUUACUAUGUGAAAACGGUAGCAACGAUGCUAGCACUACCGAUCAAGUUUCGCAUAUUAUUCGGAGGUCCUUCGGUUUGGCUAACAACUGACAAACGUCAAUGUUGGUGGCCGAAUAGCCUGAAUGCUCGUCCGUACAUGGUGAAGAGUGAAAAACCAAAUGAACAGUGGAAGUUGUACGACAUCGAAGUUGAAGGAUAUUCCAGUACUUUGGAAGGUGCGAGGAAAAAAGCGGAAAACCCCGAAUACACUUCAACACAGGAGGACGUGACACUUGCGGGCCGAGGUCAUAGAAAGAUAACCAAAAAGCAGGUUUCUACAGAUGAAAGCAGCGAUGAAUGUUCCCCACCACCAUCACCAGGUUGCAUACCACCAUCAACAAGGUCAACGCUACGGAACAACGAAGCUGAUAAUCUGCGUGGUACUACAGUGUGCUCUUCUGCUUCUGAGCCGUUACCCACAUUAUCCGAGAAUUCAAAUGAAACAAAUUUUAAUUAUGGUGCAGCAGUGGACGAUUAUGUCAAUAGCACUGAAUAUAUUGCAGUUCAAGAACAUACAGCGGUAGGCGCUCCCUUAGCAAUAGAGACUGUUAACAUCAAUGAGCUGCCAGUUCAUAUUGAAGGCAAUAUUACUGUGCAAGAUUUGCAUAAUUCUAUUGAUCAAUUAAAAUACAUAUGUUUGGAAAACCAGAAGUGCAUUAAUGAUAUUUAUAAAAUUUUAAGAAACAUGUCUCUCAAAGAGGGCGAGAUUAAUGUUUCGCAGAAGGAAAAAUUUUGUAAAUGGCUACCAUUAGUUGAUCUUGAUAAGCUCAAACAACUUGAAGAUGAAUUGAACUAAUCCCCCGAUUUAAAAGAAUCAUUUAUUCAAUUUAUGAAAAAUAUAGGAGGCCGGGAUCCGAAAGACAAUAUCAACCGAUGUUUGUCACGUACUUUUACCAACGAGCUAGGCACUUAUUGUUCUUGGCUCGGGUUGCGCGGUAAUUUUAAAGUACAAAACCUUUGCAUCAUGCAAAUCAUAGUAGGUAUGUAUCUGAUGUUAUAACUUAUAAAAGCUCGUUACCCAUUGACGAGCAUUUCUCAAUGUGUGACAAGCAUAAAAAUUGACAUUUACAAAUUUUUAGUUAUUUUUUGUUUAUAAAAUGCAAGUAUUUUUAGACACAGUUAUGAUGCGCUACAAUAACCUCAUACAGUUAAGCGACGUGGAGAGGAAUGCAUGCGAAUGGUUCCGUCUGUCAAAACAGAGGUUUCAGAGGGAAAAAAAAUAAUGUAGUUACAAAUUACGCGUUUCACAAUUAAUUUUAUUUUAAAAA